AUGGCCCCAUCCUCAGUAAAUGGUAAUAUGCAACUGCUGGGUAUACCAGAUAGUCAACCGAAUGGAAACUCCACUAAUAUUGACACUAUUAAUAUAGAAAAUUUAUUACUUCGGGAUGACGAUAUUUUCCAAACAUCAUUGAAUUCUGAGGAUUAUCUAGAAAGUUUGGCUCCUAUAAUCAAAGAUGCAUUAAAGGUUAAUGGCUUGUCUGAGCUUAUAUAUAAACUUAAUGAAAUAGUGAAGAAUAAAGAUGAUGAAUUGAAUGAUUUGUCGUUAAGUUCUACUCAAGAUAUAAACUCUUGUAUUGAUUCUAUUGAUAAUAUCCACGUGGAAUCAUACGAUUUAAACCAAAAUCUACUGCAAAUUAGUCAAUUCUUAAAUAAAUCGGUUCAUGAAUUGAUCACUAGAAAGAAAAAUUUAAUUAAAAGCAAAGAGGUUACAAGUAAGAUUAAUGAAACGAACGUGACACUCAAUUUAUGUAUUCAAGUCCUAGAAAUUACAAAUAAGAUUCAUGAAUUAAUAAAGCAAAAUAAUUACUUUAGUGCGUUGAAAUUAAUUGAUGAAUUAACCAAUAUACAUUUACCAAAAGUUGAAAAUUUUAGUUUUGCUGUUAAAAUUUAUGAUUCUAUCCCACACUUAACGAAGAUGAUUAAAGACGAAUCAUUCGAGAACUUAGGUAAAUGGCUUGCAAUUAAUUUAGAACGUAAGUUAGUAGCAAUUGGUGAAGCUCUUUUUGAUAAUUUAUUUCUUUUACAACAGAAUUGGGAAAAGAUUAAAAAAAGUAAGGAUUCAUCGGCGACCUUUAUACCUUAUAAAUUAAAUUCGCCAGUUGAGUUAUCAAUGCGCGAUCCAUCCUCCAAUUAUAAUAUUUUUGAUGAUCAAGCAUUAAAAAUUAGCUUGUCCAGUCUUUUCGAUGCUAUAUUGGUGUAUCAAACUUUAAAUGAAGAGGACCUAUUGUCGAGAUUGUACCAUAAAGAAUGGAUGAAGAAAUACAAUCGUGUAAUUUAUCCUAUAACCUCUUCCGUGAAAUCUUCAGCAGUACAAGGAAAUAAUCCAAUUGAUAAUGUAAUAACCGAAUUUAAUAACUUACCAAGCUUGGACGAAUAUUUGAAAAAAAUAAGUGCAUUUUUUGUUAUGGAUAAACAAAUAAACCUUGCCACUAAAUUCCAGUUACGUUCUCAUGCAAAUUCUAAUGACUUGUGGGAUUCAUAUGCUAUCAAAUUAAAGCCUGUAUUAAUCAAUUAUUUGAAAACUCAUAAAUUAGAUGCUAAUGAGCUAAAUGAUUUCAAAGAUCUUAUUGGUAAUUUCUUACAGAUAAUGGAAAAUAGUGGCUAUAAAAUAUUUGAUCUCUACGAAAUUUUAAUGAUUAUUUUCCAAGAUUAUUUUGGUCCUGAUUUAAUACAGCAAUUCCGUUUGGACUUCAUUGAAUCAAUCCAGUCUGAUCAUUACAUGCCAUUAGUGGUUCAAGACAAGCGUGAUUAUGAGAAUGUCAUGAAGAUUUGCUGGUAUAAAUCUGAUGCACCUUUCGCACCUCAAAAUGUCCACUCGAUGCCUAUAAGUUUCCCAUUUAGUGAAGAUUAUGUUCAUUAUUGCUUAGGUGUACGAUCAUUAUUAGAAGAAAUAAUACAAUUUAUAAGCCAGCAUUACAGUUACAAUGUCAAUGAAAUCAAUAACUUCAUUGUUAAUGAUAUAUUCGAAAAAGUACUAGGCAAUGAAAAGGGAGUAGGAAUAAACUAUGAUAUACAAGAAUUCAUUGAUAAGAAUUCCAACAAUAAGGAAGUUAUGGCCCAAAGUUACACUAAUUUGGAGUAUUAUUUAUUCAGUCUUUACGAAAUUGGUAAAUUAAUUAAUCGUCGUUUAAGAUUGAAUACGGGUACCGGUGUUCAUAAUAUAGAUGCUAAUGGCACAUUUACAUUAAAAGCAAUUGAUUUGUUCACAAGCGUUAGGAAAUUUUCCGAAGAUACAAUUUUCCAAAUGGUUGAUAAUAAAAUUAGAGAAUUGUUGGAUAUGGUGGAGUAUGAUGAUUGGUUGCCAGAAGUUGCAAAUAAAGAAGCAAAUUAUUCUAUUAAGGAUUUUGCACUUUUCUUGGAGAACUUGUUCAAAUCUAUAUUUUCAAAUUUACCACUGUCAUUCAGAACAUUAGGGUUAUUUAGAAGUUAUGAUUUUGUGGCAGAGCAUUUCUUGAAUAUCUUGAAAAAUGUCGAUAAAUAUAAUCGAACAGCCAUAGAGAAUUUUGAUUUGGACAUCAGAUAUUUAGAAGAAUCCAUGAGUAAUUUAUAUUCUACUCAAGAUAGCACGCCAAGCAAUAAUGAGGCUGGUGGAGCGGUAGCAUUACAGUCGACUUUUACAGAAUUGAGACAAUGUAUUGAUUUAUUAAAAUUGAGUAGUUACGAAGAUUUUAUUAAAAAUCCUUCAUUUAGGAUGAGAAAAUUUGAUAGAGUUAGGUUGGAAGACGGUUUAAAGCUUAUUUCCAAAAUGCAACAACCAAUAGAAGAGGACGAUGAAGAUGCAAACAUAUCUACUCAUGAAGAAAGUAUGAACACCUCAACAAACAGUAUUGACCUGCAAAAUCAAUCUAUGCUUUCCAAUUCAGCAUCAACCAAAUUUGCUAAAUUCAGUAGCAAAUUUAGAAGAAAAAACGACUUUGACAAUUACUAA